UGAGUUGUCCAAAUAUUUUAUUACAAUGGAAUUUGAUCUUGGUAUUGUUGAGAAUGAACACAAGAACAUAAUGAUGAACAUGAUGAUGACGAAAGAUGAUGAUCUGAGAAAGAGGAAACGUCAUUCUGAUCUCACAAUUAAAGUUGCAUGGUUAUAUUUAUUGUGAAUAUAAGUUAAAGUAAUAACUUGACGAUGGCAAAGGUUUCAGAUGAUGAGUUUGAUUUGAAUAUUAAUGUGAAUGAACACAAUGCAUUGAUGAUGGCAAAAUUGCAUAGUAUGAAAAAAGAUGGACAACAUUCUGACCUCGUCAUCAAAGUAGGAAGUGAGGAAUUCCUGGUUCACAAGAACAUGAUGUCAGCGGGUUCUGAUUAUUUCGAUGCGAUGUUGUCACAUGAUAACUUGGAGACCAACACAGGAAUUGUUGAAAUGCAAGAUGUUGAUGUGGAAUCUGUAAAAGUUUGCAUUGAUUACAUUUACACUGGGAAAGCUUCAAUUAGUUUGAAGAAAAGUGAACAACUACUCCAUGUUGCAACUUUGAUGCAAUUAUCAGUACUUUGUGAUAAGAUAGCUGAGUUUCUCAAAGCUAAGUUGGAUGUGAAAUCAUUUCUCAUCAUCAAACAAAUUGCUUCUAUGUUUGAAAUUCCAACAUUAAAAACAGCAUGUGAUGAUUUUGCAUUGACUAAUAUGGGAGCAAUUUCUCAGGAAGAAUACUUCAAUGAAUUAGAUGUGGAAUUCAUCUCUUUCAUGGUUGGAUCGAAAAAUUCAGCUUAUUCUGAGGAUUCUAAACUUGCUGUUCUUCUUCAGUGGAUCAAAGCUGAUAUUGGCCAACGAAGGAAGCUUCUGGUUGAAAUGAUGAAUCUGAUAAACCUGAACAAUGUUUCUUUUCAAUAUGCGACGUUCUUGGUGGGGCAUGAAAGCCUGUGUUCCGAAUCACUUGUAAUCGUGAAAUUAUUGUUUCUCAAAAUGGCUGAGAAGUCUGGUGUUAAAGAAGCAUCUGCAGAAAUCCCCACUUGUGCAUCUGAAUUCAAUGCCAUUGCUGUUUUUGACAAGACAUCGAGAAAAAUCAAAACAUCCCAGCCAGCGAAAAAUGAAUGGCAGGAACUAAAACAUUUGCACGAUAAUAUGGUGAGAAGCUUUUUCACUGCAGUCAAGGUGAAGGAUAUCAUCUAUGUUUUUAUGGAAAAUCGUUCAGUAUAUUGUAUUGAUAUUUCUAGAACAGAUUCAACUUGGAAUAAAAUGGCUGAUUCUCAAUUUAACCAUGGCAUGUUUCUACGAACAGCAGUUUGUAAUGAAUUUAUUUAUUUGUGUGGCAAAGAAAAAUUGGAAAAGUACGAUAUAGUCGAAAAUAUGUGGAGUGUGGUGAAAACUGAUAGAAUUACACUACGCAGCUGUGCAUUAGCUGGAUUCCAGCAAUCAAUUUACAUACUAGGAGGUUCUAAUAAUGGUAGUUUAUCAUCGGUGAAUCGAUAUUCACUGCCAUCCACUUGGUCUUUAUGCAAAGCCAUGAAUGUUCCUCGGGAGCUUCCUGCUGCCACUGUUUAUAGGAAUCGACUAUUUGUGGCUGGAGGAUUAAAUAAUGUAAACUUAUCAAGUUCAGAGUUUUAUGAUUCUCAAACAGAUUCUUGGACAAAUUUAUCAUCUAUGACUGUUCCUCGGUAUAUUUUUUGCCUUUGCACUGUUGGUGAUGAAUUAUUUGCAAUAGGAGGUAAAAAAGACGGAUCAAAAUCAAUUGAGAAAUACAAUUUUGAAUCAAGUAGUUGGGAACAUUUUAUGAAUUUUCAAGAAAAUAUGAAUAUUGCUCCACUUGCCUGUCUGGCUUUUAAACUACCACUAUAGUUAAUUUUCUAUCUAUUGCAUCAACAUUGAAGAUGUCUGAAACACUCUAAUUUUUUAAUUGUUCCUAUUUCAUUAAUUUAUAUACCGGUAUUUUAAUAUUGGGAUAAUAAUUGUGAAAUGAUUUUUGUGUUCGUGCCUAAAUUGUACUGACUUGUUCCAUCUCAUCUUUGAGUUGAGAAACUCACAACAAUUUAAAUCAUGUGUUAAUAUGAAAUUUUUCUUAUACUCUUCCUAUACUCUUUAUAUCCUGAUGCAAUAAUAUUGUGUAAUUACGGUAAAUACUCUGUAUUGCUCUCAUCAGAUUUGUCCCAUAAACUUAAUUUCUGUCCGGUACACGGCUUACUGGUGUGAAACUGACAACUGUUCUUUAUUCUCUGAAGAAAUGAGUUCUAUGAAAUUUUUUACCAAGGUUUAAUUUUUGGAAGAAACUUCUUAUCUUAUAAGUUUUUUUUGUUGCCAAACUCAAAGGGAUUUGUACUGUUUGCUUUGUAUUAGUAUAAACAUUGUACAAAGUUUAUAAUUUAUUGCAAUUAUUUAUAUAUUUUUCAGCUUAUUUGUAUUUUGGCCAAGUUUUUAUUAAUCUCAAUUUUUGUGAGGAAUUUCAGGUCUCAGUGCUAGUAAACUAUAUCCUAUAAUUAUUACUUUUCUUUAUUUGUUCAUGUUUUUAGCUUACAUGUUGUUACGAAAGCUUAAUAUAGGAUUGAAAUGAGACAUUUCACCCUUAUCAGUUUAAAGAAAAACACAUUUCAAUGCAUGCAAAUAAAGAAGUCAUGGUUACUGGGUUCACAAUACAGUGGCUACUUGAUUUUCUAUUGUUUUGUAAAUUAUUGUGAACACAUAAUAUGUUCGAAAUGUGUUAGAAUCACAGUUUAGGAUAUUGGAUUGAAACCUCAUGCCCACAGCCUCGUCUAGUACGACUUGUAUAUUACAACCUAGAUCAGCGGUUCCACUGGUGGGUCGCAAAAGGAAUCUUAGUGGGUCAUGAAAUGAUGUAGAAAGCUUUGAUUUAAUAUACUGGGUAUUAGGAUCGGUAUCGACUCUAAUAUCUAAAUCAACAGAAAAAAAAAAAUUAAAAUUUUAAUCUGUAAAGGUUUCCUUUUUACGAUCUUCUCAAAUGAAUAAAAAUUUGCUUUAUAAAGACUGAGUAUUUGGCUUUUUUUUACGCAUAGCAGUUUUGUACACUGUACAGCACU